AUGUCCAGAAAGAAUAUAGACUAUGGGGUGCUGCCGGAGUAUGAGAAAAGCCAGAUCAAAAGGACCUUGGAGCUGGGAACUGUCAUGACAGUAUUCAGUCUUAAGAAGAGCAGUCCAGAAAGGAGGACUAUACAAGUCAUAAUGGAAACCAGGCAGGUGGCAUGGAGCAAGACGGCUGACAAGAUUGAAGGUUUCUUGGAUCUGAUGGAAAUAAAAGAAAUUCGCCCAGGAAAGAAUUCAAAGGACUUUGAGCGUUGCAAAGCAAGGCACAGAGAAGAACACUGCUUUACUGUUUUUUAUGGUACCCAGUUUGUCCUCAACACCUUAAGUUUAGCAGCUGAUUCUAAAGAUGAUGCUGAUAAAUGGUUGUGUGGCUUGAAUAUCUUGUAUCAAGAAGUCAUGAGUGCUCCCACGCCUGCAAUCAUGGAGAGCUGGCUGAGAAAGCAGAUCUAUUCUGUUGAUCAGACUAGAAGAAAUAGUAUUAGUCUUAGAGAGCUGAAAACUGUCCUUCCCCAAGUAAAUUUCAAAGUGAGCAGCAUGAAGUUCUUGAAGGAUAAAUUUGCGGAAAUAGGUGCUCACAAAGAAGAACUUAGUUUUGAACAAUUUCAUUUGUUCUACAAGAAAAUCAUGUUUGAACAACAGAGAUCGAUUCUCGAUGAAUUCAAAAAGGAUUCCUCUGUGUUCAUUCUUGGAAAUACUGACCGCCCAGAUGCUUCAGCAGUUCAUCUCCAUGACUUUCAGAGAUUCCUGCUACAUGAGCAGCAGGAGUCUUGGGCACAAGAUCUGAGUAAAGUCCGAGAACGAAUGACCAAAUUUAUAGAUGACACUAUGAGAGAAACUGCUGAACCCUUCCUCUUUGUUGAUGAGUUCCUCACUUACCUUUUUGCAAAAGAAAACAGUAUUUGGGAUGAGAAAUAUGAUUCAAUAGAUGUGCAGGACAUGAAUAAUCCUUUGUCCCAUUACUGGAUUUCUUCCUCUCAUAACACAUAUCUGACAGGAGACCAGCUUCGAAGUGAAUCCUCCACAGAAGCUUACAUCAGGUGCCUUAGAAUGGGAUGCCGAUGUAUUGAGUUGGACUGCUGGGAUGGUCCUGAUGGGAAACCCAUUAUUUACCACGGAUGGACACGGACAACAAAGAUCAAAUUUGAUGAUGUAGUACAAGCAAUCAAAGAUCAUGCCUUUGUUGCAUCCGAAUACCCAGUCAUUCUGUCAAUUGAAGAGCACUGUAGUGUGGAACAGCAGCGAUACAUGGCCAGAGUGUUCAAGGAGGUGUUUGGUGAUCAGCUUUUAACUAAACCAGUUGAAGCCAGUGCAGAUCAGCUACCAUCACCAACCCAGCUGAAAGAAAAAAUCAUCAUCAAGCACAAAAAACUAGGGCCAAAAGGAGACAUUGAUGUGAACCCAGAAGAUAAGAAAGAAGAAAAAAAGCAACAAGGAGAACUUUACAUGUGGGACACAAUAGAACAGAAAUGGACUCGGCACUACUGUGCUAUUGCUGAUGAAAAGCUUUCAUUCAGUGAUGAUAUAGAACAGAAUGCUGAUGAAGAUUCAUCAAAGGAGGUAAAGCGUACUGACCUGCACUUAAAAGAGAAGUGGUUCCAUGGGAAAAUGAAAGAGGGGAGAACAACUGCUGAGAAGCUGCUCCAGGAAUAUUGUGCUGAAAUGGGUGGCAAGGAUGGGACGUUCCUAGUUAGGGAAAGUGAGGCUUUCCCUAACGAUUGCACCUUGUCAUUCUGGAGGUCAGGUAGAGUCCAGCACUGCCGUAUCCGUUCUUCAAGUGAUGGGGACACUGUGAAAUACUACCUGACAGACAACCUCACUUUUGAUAGCAUCUAUGAUCUCAUUCAACACUACAAAGAGGCCCACUUGAGAUGUGCUGAAUUUGAGCUGCGUCUGACGGAUGCUGUGCCUAAUCCCAGUCCACACGAAAAUAAAGAUUGGUACUAUAGCAACUUGAGUCGGGGAGAGGCAGAAGACAUGCUGAUGCGAAUCCCUCGAGAUGGAGCCUUUCUGAUUAGAAAGAGAGAUGAGCCUGAUUCGUUUGCCAUGACUUUCAGAGCUGAGGGGAAGGUGAAGCACUUCCGAAUUCGGCAAGAAGGUCCCCAUUUUGUGCUUGGAACCUCGGCCUAUUUUGAGAGUUUAGUGGAGCUUGUAACAUACUACGAGAAGCACCCUCUGUACAGGAAAAUGAAAUUGCGUUACCCGGUGACUGAAGAGCUGCUGGAGCGCUACAGCACGGAAAAAGAUAUAAAUUCGCUUUAUGAUGUCAAGAUGUAUGUGGAACCCAGUGAAAUCAACCCUACAGUGCCUCAGAGAACAGUGAAAGCCUUGUAUGACUACAGAGCCAAAAGAAGUGAUGAAUUGAGCUUCUGUCGAGGAGCUCUAAUUCAUAAUGUCACAAAGGAAACUGGAGGCUGGUGGAAGGGGGAUUAUGGAGAAAAAGUCCAACACUAUUUUCCAUCUAAUUAUGUUGAAGACAUGUCAUCUGAUAACUCUGCUGAGCUUGAAAGCCAGAUCAUCGAGGACAAUCCAUUAGGCUCUCUAUGUCGUGGCAUCCUGGUACUCAAUACAUACAAUGUUGUGAAAAUGCCACAAGGGAAACACAAAAAGCCUUUUGUCUUCAUUCUGGAACCUAAGAAUCCAGAAGAUCCGUGUGUUGAGUUUGCAACUGAUAAAGUAGAAGAACUCUUUGAAUGGUACCAAAGUAUCCGUGAAAUCACGUGGAAAACUGCAGAAGAGGAGAACAGGAGGAAAUACUGGGAAAAGAAUCAAUUGAUUGCUAUUGAAUUAUCUGAUCUGGUAAUCUACUGCAAGCCAACAAGCAAAACCAAGGACAAUUUAGAAAAUCCCGAUUUCAAAGAAAUCCGUUCUUUCGUGGAAACCAAGGCAGAAAAUAUUGUUAAGCAAAAGCCAGUUGAGUUGCUGAAAUACAACCUGAAGGGACUGACGCGUGUCUAUCCUAAAGGACAGAGGGUUGACUCAUCAAACUAUGACCCAUUUCGCCUCUGGCUUUGUGGCUCUCAGAUGGUGGCUCUUAACUUCCAAACUCCAGAUAAAUACAUGCAAUUGAACCAUGCCUUGUUUUCACUUAAUGGACGCACUGGCUAUGUUCUGCAGCCAGAAAGCAUGCGAAAUGAAGAAUAUGACCCAAUGCCAAAUGAAUCGAGGAGGAAAUUGCAGAUGAUUAUGACAGUGAGGGUUUUGGGGGCUCGCCAUCUUCCUAAGCCUGGUAGAAGCAUUGCUUGUCCCUUUGUAGAGGUAGAAAUUUGUGGGGCUGAAUAUGAUAACAACAAAUUCAAGACGACAGUUGUGAAUGACAAUGGCCUUAAUCCAGUUUGGGCGCCGUGUCCAGAGCAAGUGAAAUUUGAAAUUUAUGAUCCCAAUCUAGCGUUUCUGCGCUUUGUUGUUUAUGAGGAGGAUAUGUUCAGUGACCCUAAUUUCUUAGCACAUGCCACUUUCCCUAUCAAAGGAAUCAAAACAGGUUUUAGAUCAGUUCCUCUCAAGAAUGGUUACAGUGAAGACAUAGAGCUAGCCUCGCUUCUGAUUCAUUGUGAAAUGCAACAAGUUCUGGAAAGUGAAGAAGAGCUUUAUUCCUCAUGUCGGCAACUUCGGAAACGCCAGGAGGAGCUUAAUAAUCAGCUGUUCCUUUAUGACACCCAUGUGAAUUUAAGGAAUCCUAACAGAGAUGCUAUAUUAAAAGAAUUUAAUGUGAAUGAGCACAAACUACAGAUAUAUCAAGAGACAUGCAACCGCAGAUUAAAGGAGAAGAAAGUCAGUAACAGCAAAUUCUACUCUUAAAGCAAUCAUUCUUUGAUGGAUGCUUUAUGGAGCAAUUCAGGAGGAGAUAUUAAUUUAUCCUGGUCAUCCUACUCCAUGCAGAUCUCAUCAAGCUGAAUGAAUAGAAGAGGAGGAGGAGAAAAGAUGGGUUUCCUUAAUAAUUUCUUGUUAUAAGAAAAACUGUUUAAAUUCCUAAUAAUUUAUAUUCUGUACAAAGCAUACCCUCUGUGCAGGCCAGACUUCUGUGUAUUCAAGAUUUUUAAAAUUGGAGGGUGGGUAAUUGCAUAGACUUCACUUCUUAUCAAUACCUGAAGCACAAGUUUAAAUCAUCUACUGUAUUUGUGUACACAGGCUGUAGAUAAGACAUUCAUAACAAUUUACAUGCAUGGAACCUCACCACUUUAACAACCUGGCUCCUUAAGAUUAACUGGUAGUGAGUUUUUUAAUUUAUUAAAUGCUGUAAAAGCACUUUUGCACCAGCAUUUUUUUUAAUGUAUGUUACAGAAGAUUGUACUUUCGAUACUGUAUAAAGUAUUUUGGGCAGCUAAUAGCUCAUACUGUAUUGUCUUGUUAUAAGUUUUCUGUUCUCUUUUUGAGUACCAAAUAAUGUUAACUUUGUUGAAACCAAAUAUCCUCUGUGACUGUAGUUGUUUCUUCUUGAAAAGUUUAGGAAAGGAACAAUGUGCGAACCUGUGUUUGCAGCCCCUCUGAAUUUAUAUUCCUAACUUAAGGCACUGGAAGGAAAGGUUUUAAUAUAUGUGGUAGGAAAUACCUGUUUGCAGAAUGGAAAGGUAUUUCAAAUCUGAAAAGCAUUUGCUUUGGUAUACUAUCAUUAUAUGCAAACCCUUUCAGCUGCUAAUGUGCUUAGAAAUGAUUUUUUUAAUGAACUGUCCAUUUUUAAUCUUGCAAUCCUAGUUAGAUGGUAGCAUCAAAUGAUAGUGUUCUGUAAAUGUGUAGACCAUUUUCCCAAAAUGUAUCUAAUCCAAGAAUGAUAGUAUACACAGUCAUUCUUACAGCUUUAAUCAAUUGAAGAGCAUUGAGCUACAGAUGAGAAAACUCGUUAGAUUAGCAAGUGUGUUUUGUUGCAAGAGCAGAGUGAAAGUCCUUGAAUGGCAUAUUUAAAACCAGUUGUCCUAAUUUGAGAUAGUACUAUGUUACUACUAUUGAAUUCCUAGUUUCCUUCUGUCUACAUGGGUGGAGUUUUACUAUCUGCAUGCAUGAGUUUACCUUUCAUGUGUGUGCACAGGAGUUAUGUCUAAAUGACUGCCUGAAUUAUAAAAUGUUGCAUACAUCAUGGUGUAUUUCUGAUCACAGAAAACCUGCUUGGUUUUGGGAUUCAUUGCCUGAUGAAGCUGCCUCAGCAGUUCUCAGUUGCUCUUGCUCCUCAUGCUAUGAAUUCUGUUGUUUCAAGAUGCACUUAAUUGAUGCCAUAGUGCAUUCACCAGCGAUGGUUUGAGGAACUCCUCUGAGGUUUUAGUUACUCUGAAUAGAGUCUUGUCUCUUAUCUUAAGAUGAAAGUGCUGUAAUAGUGUCCUACAGUGCGGUGGCUUCUGCAGAUUUAUUUUUUCUUCCUGGAGAAAUUAAUACCAAUCAGUGAACUGGAAAAGAGAAGAGGAUAAAGUUAAAGGUAAUUCUAGGCUUCUUCCUGCCUGAAAUCCCUUCAGUCCCCAGCUCUGCUUGGUCUUUUCAAAGAUUAGAUGGACGCCAAAGGAAAAAAAAAACAAAAAAAAAAAGGGACAAAAAAUAAAUCAUCAACUGUGGAUUUUGAAGGUACAGCAGUAACUUAGACUGCUGUGUAAAGCUGUGCUUCUCUGCAGUAUCCAUGCGUGAUGGGCUGGCCAGUUGCUGUUGCUGGAAGGUGAGGACCUUUGGUGCGCACACAUUUUGUAGCAUGAUCUGGGAUGCAUUUUGUUUUGUUACAUGAUCAGUCCCUGUGCUAUAUAUUUCAUUCAGCAGCAUGUAUGUGUCUUGUUUAAUGUUUCGAGAAUGUUGUGUUGUCAGUAUUGAUCAGACAAGGGGGCCCAAAGCCCUGUUUGGAAGGUCCUGAAGCUCUUACUUCAGUUGGGACUGGAUCUGUAAGCAGCUGAAUACCAGCUGGGCUUAUACUGAUUACAAAAAAUAAGAGACUGUAAGAUGCUCAGGCUGAGGGAGAUCAAAACCUAGAGCUCCAGGUUGUUGUUUUUUUAGCUCAUUUCCAGAGCAGACAUAGCCAGAUUGCCCAUGCGGGUCAUUUGUCUUGACUACUUUCAUUUUGCAUGUUCCUGACACAGAACAGCCAUUGUGUGAUGAACGUAUGAGUUCCUUGUGCUGCUGUUGUCCAAAUGCUUAAGAAAUAGCACCUUUUACAGUCCUUCAGAAAGUUGUGUGUAUGUUAUGUCACGUAUGUAAUGUCAAAAGUUACGAGGUGGUACUCAGUAUUUAUGAAAAUCCAUUUCAUUUUACAGUAAGGCUUUUUUUUUUCCCCCUCUGAGUAUAAACGCUAGGUUGUAUUCAGAAAGAAAAUACUGUGUUAGCUGUUUGGUUGAUGUGUGAAUUGGGCCAGGCUGUGUACUAACUCUUCUCUUGCAUUGUGUUUUAACUCUGAAGCCCUACCUCUCAAUUCUUUGUCAGGGCAGACUCUAGCAACUUUUUCACAGUUGCAGCUGUUUUAAUAUAAAACUAGGAUUGAGUGUGUGUGCUAAUUUUAUAAUCUAGAAGGGAAAACAUUUAUAAAUUUUUGAAGUUAACAAUAUCUGUUGUAUUGUUACAUUCUUACAGAAACUAUUUUAAAUCCUUAAAUUAUUUUAUUUUUAAUAAAUAAUUUUUGAUAGCGGUGAUGUAAAUGAUGACGGAUGCUUCUUCAUUUAAGCAUUGUUUAUUGAAUUUCAUGACUUAAAUCUCCAGCCAUUUGAGUCGGUAUGAGUGUGUUACUGAAAAGUGGUGUGUUAGAGUUAUGGUGUGUUAUGUUGGAGGUCGGAAGAACGGCAUCUCUGUGUUUUUAAGAUGAACUGACUUUGAUUGCGUCCAUAGAAGUCAUCGUUGUUGCACUUCAUCUGGAUACAAACGAGCACUGCAGAAGGAAAAGGUCAAAGAUCACAUUUAACUUGCAACUCCUAACCGACCUUUUCCAGGCAGAUACUAACUUUGGUUGUAGUGAGUAUCAGAUUUGUAUCAACUCAAACAAUAAAGCAUAACCAAGGCAAAGA